AUGAAACUCACUAACAUCUUCCUCACCUUGGCGGCCGCCGUCUCCAUGGUCACAGCCUACCCCAUCACUGGCGAAGGUGUCAACUGCCGUUCUGGCCCCGGCACCAGUUACAAAGUGAUCAAGUCCUACAAGAAGGGUACCGACGUCAAAAUCUCGUGCCAGAUCAAGGGCGAGAGCAUCAAUGGCAACAACCUUUGGGACAAGACGCAGGACGGUUGCUAUGUCUCGGACUACUAUGUCAAGACGGGCUCCAACAGCAUGGUCACCAAGCAGUGCUCUUCUUCAGGCAGCGGCGGUAGCGGUUCCAGCGGGAAGUCUUCGUACCAGGGGAAGAUUACUCGCGAUGAAAUCAUCGAGCGCGGCAUGUACUGGAUCAAUAAGAAGGUGCCUUACUCGCAGAGCGCCUACUAUCCGGAUCCUCAGGGAAGGAAGUAUCGCACAGAUUGCUCUGGCUUUGUCUCCAUGGCCCUGCACGCCUGGGCCCCUGGCUAUAGCACCGUAACCAUGACCAAGAUCGCAAAGGAAAUUAAAUGGAGCGAGCUCAAGAAGGGUGACUUCGUCGGCACGCUCGGCAGCGGCACCGGUGGCGACGGCGGCCACGUUGUGCUCUUCCUCUCCUGGGCCGACAGCGCUAAGAAGACCUUCAACACUCUCGAGUGCCGCAAUAAGGCCAGCGGCUGCGUCAAGUACAAGCGCCCGAUCAACUACAAGAUUGGGAGCCGAACUGCUAAGCCUUAUCGUUACAUUAACGUUAAGGACUAG